CUCCUCCUCCUCCUCCUCCUCCUCCUCCUCCUCCUCCUCCUCUCCCGACAUGGCGGCCCCGGCGGAGCUCAGCGGCCUCAGCGACGAGGCAGCCUACAGCGCCUGCUCGGAGCCAGAUGCCAGCACGAAGGAUUUUUUGUUGCAGCAGACAAUGUUAAGAGUAAAGGAUCCUAAGAAGUCGCUGGAUUUUUAUACAAGAGUUCUUGGAAUGACACUGCUUCAAAAAUUUGACUUUCCUACAAUGAAGUUCUCGCUCUAUUUCCUGGCAUAUGAAGAUAAAAAUGAUAUCCCAAAAGAUAAAACUGAGAGAACAUCUUGGACCUUCUCUAGAAAAGCUACACUGGAACUGACACACAACUGGGGCACUGAAAAUGACGAAAAUCAGUCUUAUCACAAUGGCAAUUCAGAUCCCCGAGGAUUUGGACACAUUGGAAUUGCUGUCCCUGAUGUCAAUAAAGCUUGUAAGAGGUUUGAAGAACUAGGAGUGAAAUUUGUGAAGAAACCAGACGAUGGUAAAAUGAAAGGACUUGCAUUUGUUCAGGAUCCUGAUGGCUACUGGAUUGAAAUUUUGAAUCCUAACCACAUGGUGACUCUCACUUAGUUUUAAUGAAGUAUAAGAGAUGCCCACUUUCAGUCACCUGGAGAAAAUCUGUAAGAGUAUUUGUUAAAUUCUUGAUUAAUGGAGAGGAAUGUCGUGUUCGGAGUCUCCUCUAAAACUAUCCCCUGGGAUAUACUUCAAUUUCUUUUUUCUUGUCGUGUGAUGCCACCACAAUUUGCUUCCAGUUAGGAAUACUCAACCAUUUUCUGGAAGAACGCUUACACAGAUUUUCUUCCUGAACACUGAUUAUGCUAAUAUUUCACUAAAUGCUAUCAAAAGCUAUGUGACCAGAAAUUAACUGCAGCUCACACUGUUUAGAUUUAAACUAGCAACAAAAAAAAUUCCUAUGUUUCUACUGACGUACUUCAACAAGCAGGGUAAAAAACCCUUGAGACCUUGAGAAUGCGCUUUUUUUUUUUUUUUUUUUUAUAUGAAGUCAAAAGAUCCUGAAGGUUUCACACCUUAUCUUCUAUACUAGAAAAUAAAGUGUCAGGCAAACUUGACUUGAGUAGUAGCAUGUUUAUGAAAGUCCUAAUUUUAUUUCUAUUAUGUCAGGCAAAACUCUUUAAGGAGAAGCCUUAAACAGCCUUGCCUGGAACAAGAAACUUUCUAGAGGCAAUAAAAGUCCAGCAGAAAGAAUUCAGUCUUUCAGCUUCUGGCUGCUGAUUGACAGCCAAGAUAAGAGAUCUCAUAGUUGCUAGCUCAGUGAUCCUUGCUGUCUCUUGCAACACUAGAAAGAACUUGCGCGUAAUUUUUGUUUCAGUGGAAGUCUGGGGCUAUAUUUAACUUAAAUGCUCUGUACGUCCUGCAUUAGGUAAUUAAUGAAAGAGGAUCAUAAACAACAAUUUUGUACUAAUAGACAUUUUGAUCAGCCCUCUCAAAAUGAGUGAUGGUUACUGAGGUUAUACCUGUAAACAGCAGGAAAGCACGUAACGUUUACAGAUGUUACACGAAUUAUUUGAUUUUAUGCUGUUCCACCUGUUAUGAACAGUGUAAACCAUGCCAGGUUUUGAAAUCCCAUUGUUACUUCCAACAUGAAAAAAAAACACUCUGACCUGUCUUACUGUGGUUCAAGUAGCACUUAACUCCUAAGUCUUCAGUUACUUCACUAUUGGAUAGUGUAAUGGCAUUGCAAUUCACUUCCAAAUAAAGCAUUGGUGAAAACUACAAAAUAA